AUGCUUAAGGAAGAGUAUGGUUACCCAGAUACUCUUGACUUUAGUGACAGAUAUAAAGAAGCUAUUAGAAAGUUCAAGGAAGGAAAUACUGACCCGAACCUAUUUAGCUUUAUGGCUCAGCACCAAAUGGGAUAUAAUUUCAAACCUGGAAAAUACAAGCUCGCUAAGGGAUAUGAUUUAAUAGCAUAUCAUCCAAAUGACAUGAAUGAAUUUACUCCGAGAUAUUUGGUGUCAGAGCUAAAUGAUAAUUCAACUCUCUUCAUGAAACGCGUAAAAAAUAGAGACGGAACGAAAAAAGAAAGGUUUAUGAGUCCGGAUGACUUAGAUAGGGAACUUUUUAAAAACGGUCUCGGAAUAUAUGAAAUGCCAGCAGAUGAGGUACAAGAAACUCCACAGGAAGAAGUUCAGAUACAACCAGACAUGGAAGAAAUAGUUCAGCAACAACAGCUAGAAGAGCCUGAAGGAAACGAACAAGUCACUCCUUUGGAAACUAACUUCACAGAACUAGAUGAAGAUUUGGAACAGCCGAAAAAUCUUGACCCUCAACAAGA